CAGAGUUGUCCAGGAUAUCUCAUCAGACCCUUUGUCCCUCCAGUUGACGUCGGCGGAGUCACCGAUUUUCAUAUUUGCCGAGCUCGGCGUCGCGACACGUGUGUAACACCUCCAGAAUUUCUUUAAUCUCGAAACGAGGAGAAUCUCUGGGAAAAUUGCAGGCAAUUCCCUGUGCUUGGAGGGCUGGCAAUAAUUUGGGGAGACAUUCAGACCAUUGCCCGUUGCGCAAUCGCCUCGUGGCUGCUCCGUUGGCUUGGCUUUGGCGUCCUGUGGUGCAACAAGUUGGGGACCAAAGGCACGGGCUCGGCUUUGGUGUGCCGAGGAGGGCUGGAGCUUCCCAGCAUCAUCCUGACCUCUGCCUGCUUCCCAGUGACCCUGGGGGGUGUCCCUUCAUCCCUUCCCAGCAGCUCUGUUGGAUUUUGGUCUCGGGUUCUACAACAGCAACGUCGAAGACGUUUUCCAACUGCCCUGCGAACAUUCCCAAAUAUCCCUUCCUAUUUUAGAACAUUUUUAUGGGGGGGGAUGGUUUUUGACUUUCAUACAACAAAAGCAGCACCUUAAUGGGGCUUGGAAACAAGAGACCUUGAAGUGUCUUGGAAGUGACCGUGUUAUUAAAUCUGGAGGUGUCUUUCGGUGACAAACUAUUAAUAUUUAAAUCCUGCAACACUUUGCAAAUUGAAAACAUUAAUGAGUGUUUAUGAAGUGCUUUGGUAUUCAAAAUUCUGAGGAAGCCUCAACAUCCUGUUUGCUCAUUAUUACGCUUAUUUUCCAUUCAAAUUAAUGCCAGGAAUUAGGUGAAGGUCACUCAAGGAGUUCUGCCGUGAACUCCGGCGUUCCUGGAGUUGGAUACACGUGGUUGAUUCUUUGUGGAAAAGGUAUGGACGUGAUUCUUUGGAAAACAGCAUUUAGAGCUCUUUUAGUGCUAAUCUUUAUGAUUUCUUUAUUUCCACAUCAAGUUCAUACCUGAAUUCUCCACGUUGUUGUGCUGAGGUCAAGCCCUUUAGUGAAUUAAAGUGUUGCAAACAACGCCAGAGACAUAAUUUUUGUUGAAAACAUUCUUUCUGCUCAUGCAGCAACAUGACUUCAAUUCGUGAGCACUUUGGAGGAAUGGAAUUAAGAUUUAUUUAUGGUUCUGGCUGUUUUUCCUCGAGUUGCUGAAGUUUGAUAUAAAACUCCUACAUCUACAUUUGCAUUUCCUUUAAAUGAAAAGCCUGUGUUGUGUUGCAUCAGUUUCUAGUGAAAAACAAAUAUCCAAUACGUGGAAAAGCUUUCCUUUUUUACUGAAAAUUUCUCUCUCUCCAUUGUCCUUGAGAAGGCAGAAAUGACUUUUAUAUUAUACAGAAAUAAACUUCAGUUUUCACAACGGAGACAAUAAAAUGGUAUCAGGAAUGUAGCUGGCCCAGAAAAUUGGCAGAUGAAAGGAACCUGUAAUACGUGUGCCAUAUGGGAGGCUGGGAACACACUAAUAAUCCCAAACAAUGAAGAAAAUUAUAUUAAUUGAAGAUAUGACGUGUACAGGCAAAUUUGUUUUCCAACCAAUAAGGCUCCCAACCUUUUUGAAUACUCAGGGCGUCUGAGAUAAGCCAGGAGGGCCAGCAGGGAGUAUAAAAAGGGCCGGGAGCUCCGGGCUCCUCAGCAGCUCCUCUGCCUUCCUCCUCCCGGUGAACUCGGUUUGCCUCCAGCACACAAAGAUGACCUUCCUCCAGGGCCAGUGUGACGACGAUUGCUACUCCCCCUGCGGCUACCGGGGCUACGACUGCGGGAGCCCCUGCGGCUACCGGGGCUACGGGGGCCUCUACGGCUACCGCGGCCUGUACGGCCUCGGCGACCGCUACGGCUACGGGGGCCUCUACGGCUACCGGGGCCUCUACGGCUCCGGGGACUGCUACGGCUACGGUGGCUACCGGGGCUUCUACGGCUCCGGGGACUGCUGGGGAUACCCCGGGGUUUACUCGGGCCGCUACGGUUACCCCUACGGCUCCCGCUACGGCCAGAGGUACGGCUACAGGGGCUGCUACAGCUGGUGAGCCCCGCCGGGACGGCCCUCGGGGAAGGUCAGCCCAAGCCUGGCACGCAGGGGUUGAUGGAGAACCUCGGCAGCAGAGGGUGUGCAGGGCCCCGGGCGCAGCGCCCGCCCUCCGCGGCGGCUUCGAGAGCUCUGCGCUGCCCUCGAGGUGCUUGCCGUGAUCCCUCUUCGUUCUGCUCGGUGUCUGCUGCUGCUCCUGCCACCCAGAGUCUCCCCUUGACCUAGAACCUGCUUCUCCUCGGUGCUCCAGUCCUCGGAAACCGGCUCUGAUGUUUGCAAUGAUGUACAAAGCCUGAGCUCUGGCCGGGUGGUGGGCAGGGUGUAAAGGCCUCUUUGGGAAUGUGGGCUCUCUGUUCUGUGUCUCUUUAUAAAGUUCAUCUGCCUUUCACUCGUAUUAAAAACUUAUUCUGCAUCAA